GACCCCCUUACCAAAUCUUCAAAGUGAAUUGUUGGCGUUAUCAGUCAGAGCAGGAGCAGAAAGUCAGUGUUAUUUGCUCCAAUCGGCUCCCAGUCAAUAAAUCAAAGUUUAUUGCUUAGGCGACCGCGAAGUAUUUAUUUAUUUACGUUUCUACAGAGAGGACAAGAACUCUCUCACUGCAGAGCCGCCAGGUUAUAUGGUCGGCUACUUUUGGUUGGGACCCACUAUUCUUGGUGUCAGUCACCUAUUAGCCACCAAGCAAAUCGUAUCGCCAAAAGAAACACUGCCCGCUCGUGAUCCUCAUUAUCGAUCGCCUUUUGUUAUUGUUUUUGUCAAUUUAAAGCUGUUUGCACACUUACGCGAAUCGGGUUUGUCCGAUAUUCUAAUCAAAUCGCGAAUCUAAAUCUUAAAGAGUUGAUUAUCAUCAUGCGCGGUGCGUACAUGGAUUACUACCUUAAAAUAUUCUUGGUUAUUUGCGCUGUCCAUCAAAUAACAAGUGGAGUGAUCAAGUCCACCACAGACGCCGCCUACAAAAAAUAUCUUUCCCUAAGAUCUCUGCCAUUCGAAGAUUGCGGCUCAUUGUACCAGGUCAGCUACCUGGACAUCGAGAGCUGUACGACACUACCUUGCUCCAUGGCCCGAAACGCGACCAUUAAGGUUACCGUUCGCUUCGAUGAUAAUGGCAACGGGGUGUCCUUUUUAAAGCACGAAGUCCGAUGGGUGUUCAACUACAUCAAGACUCAGGCGGCCAUAACUCCCGAUCCGUGCGACGGGGAUCAUGGUUGUAUAAUGAGUGCGACUGAUGGAAAAGCCUACUGGGCCAACGUAUUUGUGAAUAACACUCUUCCGGUGAUGAAAGGGAGCAUGCUGUGGGAAUCCAAGGAUGCGAACGAUCAGAACCUAAUAUGUUUCCAGGUUCCCGUUGUAAUCACAGUGUAAAUGUGUAAUCACGAAAAUAAAGUAAUUGGUGCAUGCAAAUCAACAGACCAGUGUGUGGGUGUGCGUGCGUGUGUGCAUCCUUUAA